AUGGCUGUCAUCUUGAGCACGAUGCUUGAGCUUGCGGCAGCUGCUGUGGUGCGUCGCCAGAGCGCGCCUGUGAACCCGUUCGCGCCCAUCGACCCCCAGAACUGGGUCAAUCCAGACAACAUGACUUGGGAUGAUUAUGCUGCACCACCCACAACCAAUUGGGCUGAUCCAGCACGCAAGGGCAGAGAUCGGAACUUCAACAUCGCCUUGGUGACCAUAGAUUACCCAGACUCUCCGUUCGUUGUCACGUUGCCGGCCAACUCGGAUAUUUUCGGUAACCCGCAACCACUUGCCGCUGGCUUGAGCCGUGAGGAUGUGCCCAAGUUCUACCACGAUCUUCUCAACGUACCCAGCGAGCUCAACGAAGGUCACACACUCCACGAGUAUUGGAUGGGCGACUCGUUCGGAAAGUAUGGUGUGGACCUGACCGUGUUCGGCCCUUAUCGCAUGCCGGCGCGUAGCUACCAAUAUGGUAUCGACGAUGAAGAGGGUGGUUUUAAUGAGGGCGCUUGCCCCGAAGGACCGCCAUGCUCGGUUGAUCUUAGGACCGAUGCGCUCGGAGCAUGGCGUGCUGAUGUUGGAAAUGAGACGGCAGACGCGUAUGAGUUGGCCUUCAUUCUCUCGGCCGGCCAAGACGAAUCCUCGACGUGGCAGGAAUUUGGUGAGAUGAAGUUCCUCUCCAAAGAAGACGUUCCCGAGGAGUUUGGACCACCGGAUAACUCCUCGCUUCCAAACUGGGCUAGUACACGUUAUGUUGAGUGGUCAUCGUGGGCUGCAGCCUCUACGAUAUGGCCGAACGCCGGUGGCGGUUCGUCUACCCAGGGAGAAUCGAGUGGAAUGGCUACGUUUGCUCACGAACUAUCGCACUUGCUCGGUAUCGGAGAUAACUACAACAACCCCUUCAGUGACCCUCCGCGACGAACAUACACCGGCCCAUGGAGCAUGCUGUCCCGAGGCAGUUUCAACGGACCAGGUGGACCCCACACGCGCUGGCAGAUUCCUCCUGUACAGGGUGCAUCAAUGGGAUCCCUGCACACUAUGCGAGACAAGCACCAGAUUGGGCUCAUUGAUACAACUCCGAUCUUGCAAAUCUCUCGCUCAGGUCUCGCCACUUCUGGUCCAGUCAUCGCGCAGAUUACCGCUCGCUCUGUCGAUCCGGUGGACAGUCUAAUGGGAUUCAAUAUUUCCUUUGGCGCUGCCGGCGACCUUGCGCCCCCAUGUAAUGCGUCCCUUGAUGCUCUAUGCGACGGACGUGGCUACAACAACUACAAUGUUGAGGUCGUUCAGCGACUUGGUGCUGACUCUUUCUGCCCAGAUUCUGGUGUCAUGAUUAGCAAGACCAAGGACAGCGAUCGCGUGCAGCCGUUCCAAUGGACGAUUGAUGCAAACCCACAGGAUGCGCGCCAGAUCGAUUUCUUCCUCCCCAACGGCACCGCAAGAUACUGGACCAUUGGCGACUACAGGCAACUAGUCGAUGCCUUGUUCCACGCUGGUACAAACUCUGGCUCGGAAUACGAGCACAUCGAUCACGAGAACGGCCUGCAUUUGUACAUCCUCGAGAAGAUCAUCGACGACAAUGGGGUAUUGCACUACACCGUAGGCGCAGCAUCAACCGCGACCAACGUUACCACGUCCGCUCAACAUGGCAUUGAGCUCGGAUCUGGCAAGGUUGUCAGCAACGGAAACGCUACCAGCCCCGCGGACGGCUUAUACUGCACUUUCGAGCUGAAGAACACCGGUAAAGCCGCCUCGCUUGCGACAAACCCUCAUCCACAGGAUCUGUCCGCCUACCUUGGGUCGGAUAUCUACCGUUUGAAGACCGAGGUCAAUGGCGCUGGUUGGAAGGUCGCUGUCCCUAACGCGUUGGCUUACGCCAAGGCAGGUAAGCAGAAGACAGUCAAUGUCGCUGUUGGUUGCCAGGGAUACUGUUCGAAGGAAGCCACGGUGACUCUCAUCGCUACGAGUGAAAGUGACAAGUCUGUCACUCGAACGAAGACUUGCAAAGUUCGUUUGUAG